CCGGAUGUAGUUUCCAGUGGUUCGGGCAUCCGAUCCUAGGAGAAAGUAGACAACCGGUGAAACUUGGCUCAAAUCCAACGGCCGGGGAUCUUUCCAUCUCCAAUCCGUCGGCUACCGUUAGUUCCCGCUCCGCCACCGCGCCACCGCCACCGGCGGUCGUGCCGACGAGACGAGUCCUACUUGACUCACUGAGCCAAGCUCUCGAGUUAGUCCCAGUUCCUCCGCUUCUCUCUUCAACUGCAGGACGCAGACGCUAAAGCGAACCAUACGGUCCAGUCCCUAAAACCCUAAAUCUCCCUCCAUUUCUCAGGCGCGCCACCGCACGAAACCGCCGUCGCACUAGCUUGCGCUCUCACGAGACUUCAAGAUCCGGUUCGCCGCUUACGCUACGCCGCCGCGGAGAGAAAGAGGUUGAGAGAGAGAGAGAGGAUGGUGUUUGGGCAAGUGGUUAUUGGUCCACCAGGAUCAGGAAAGACUACCUAUUGUAAUGGCAUGUCUCAGUUCCUCCAACUCAUCGGAAGGAAAGUUGCUGUCAUCAAUUUGGAUCCUGCCAACGAUAUGUUGCCGUAUGAAUGUGCUGCAAAUAUUGAGGAACUUAUCAAACUAAGUGACGUGAUGAUGGAGCAUUCUCUUGGGCCUAAUGGAGGUCUUGUGUACUGUAUGGAUUACCUAGAGAAGAACAUUGAUUGGCUGGAAUCUAAGCUGAAACCUCUUUUAAAAGAUCACUAUCUUCUCUUUGAUUUCCCUGGCCAGGUGGAGUUAUUUUUUCUUCACUCAAAUGCCAAGAGAGUUAUAGAGAAAAUUGUAAAGAAGUUGAACCUCCGUUUGACUGCAGUGCAUUUAAUUGAUUCCCAUCUAUGCAGUGAUCCAGGCAAAUAUAUAAGUGCUCUGCUUCUCUCUUUAUCAACAAUGCUACAUUUGGAACUACCACACAUCAAUAUCUUGUCUAAGAUCGAUCUUAUUGAGAGCUAUGGGAAGCUAGCUUUUAAUCUUGAUUUUUACACGGAUGUGCAAGAUUUAUCCUAUCUACAGCACCAUCUUGACCAGGAUCCUCGCUCUGCAAAGUACAGGAAGCUUACGAAGGAACUUUGUGAUGUAAUAGAAGAUUAUAGUCUCGUCAAUUUUACGACUCUCGAUAUCCAGGAUAAAGAAAGUGUUGGGAACCUCGUGAAGCUGAUCGACAAGAGCAAUGGCUUUAUAUUUGCUGGUAUGGAACCUAGUGCUGUUGAAUUCAGCAAGAUAGCCAUUGGUCCAGUUGACUGGGACUACUACAGAGUUGCAGCAGUGCAGGAGAAGUACAUGAAGGAUGAUGACAAUGAUGCUAAUUAACAGGAAGAAGGUGAAGUUGUGAUGUGCAUUAGGUGGAAACUGCGAGUAUGCAGGUGAAGAGAUUGCUUCCUCAAAUCUUCCUCCAAUCAAUGUCUUCAGAUAAGCACAACGUGCCCAUCAAAAAUCAGGGAACUUACCCACUCUUAUGAUUUUGGCAUUCUUGUAGAGUAUAAUGCGAAUUAGGUGAGAUUUCUUAAUCUUAAAAAUAUUCAACCAUGACUUUGCAUGGGAAGCUGUAGAAUUUGAAAGCCGCGAACGACUUAAAAAGCACUUGUUAGUUGUUGUUACCCACACUUGUCAUGGAGAUGUUCGAAUUCUGAUGUAAAUCUUUGAACUUUCUCGAGUUAUAUGGCGUUUUAAGUCAACUGUGCAUGACUUGAAAACACUUGUUAGGUGUUGUUACCUACACUUGUUAUAUGGCGAAGUUCGAUUGAGAUGUAAACUCGGAUUUCUUUAAGCCAUGGCAUGUCAAGUCAACCGUGGAUGACUUAAUAGCACUUUGUCAUGAUAAUUCUAUGCAGAUGCAAUUUCUUCGA